AUGGCCGCUGCCGCUGCAUCCGCAGAACUUGACCCGAGCAAUGGCUCGAAGAACACCCUCAAGCUCGAAAACACCGAGAAGCGAGACACCCUGAUUUCGAUCGAGAAGAAGUAUCAGGCACAAUGGAAGGCCGACAAGGUCUUCGAAGUCGAUGCGCCCUCUUUCGAGGAAGCCCCCCAGGGCUCCAUGACCCCCGCCGAGCUCCGCGAGAAGUACCCCAAGUUCUUCGGUACCAUGGCCUACCCUUACAUGAACGGUACCCUGCAUGCCGGACACAGUUUCACUGCUAGUAAGGUUGAGUUCAUGGCUGGUUUCGCCUGCAUGGAAGGCAAACGCGCCCUGUUCCCUCUGGGCUUCCACUGCACCGGUAUGCCUAUCAAGGCCUGCGCCGAUAAGCUCGCCAACGAAGUCAAGAUGUUCGGUCAAAACUUCGAGGGAUAUAAGGAGGAGGAAGAGGCUGUCCAGGAGCCCGUCCCUGCCCCUACUCAGCAGGUGAACGCCCAAGCCGAGAAGUUCUCGGGCAAGAAGAGCAAGGCCGCUGCCAAGACCGUCAAGAUGAAGUACCAGUUCCAGAUCAUGCUGGCAAUUGGUGUUCCUCUUGAGAACAUUCACAAGUUCGCCGAUGCCGCCCACUGGCUGGAUCACUUCCCCCCUCUUGCCAUCCGUGAUCUCGACAGCAUGGGUGCCCGCGUCGAUUGGCGCCGUCAAUUCGUCACCACUGACGCUAACCCAUACUACGAUGCUUUCGUGCGCUGGCAGAUGAACCGCCUCUACGAGCUCGGUAAGAUUCAAUACGGCAGCCGUUACACCAUCUAUUCUCCCAAGGAUGGUCAGCCCUGUAUGGACCACGACCGCACUGAAGGUGAAGGCAUUGGUCCCCAGGAAUACUCUGCCAUCAAGCUCCAGGUUAAGGAAUGGUCUCCUCAGUUGACCGAGCUUGUGAAGGGUAAGAUUGAGGACGAUGCCAAGGUCUACUUCGUUCCUGCUACUCUCCGUCCUGAGACCAUGUACGGCCAGACCAGCUGUUUCGUUGGUCCUAAGAUCAACUACGGUCUGUUCAAACUCAGUGACAAGGAGUACAUCGUUGUUACCAAGCGUGCUGCCUGGAACAUGGCUUUCCAGGGCCACUUCUUCGGUGACAAGUUCGCCAAGAACCAGGACGAACUUCCCCAGGUUCUCGAGGCCCCAGGUUCUGCCUUUGUAGGAACCCUGGUCAACGCUCCCCUGUCUUUCCACACUGAGGGUAUUCGUAUCCUGCCCAUGGAGACCGUCUCGGCUUCUAAGGGUACCGGUGUUGUCACUUCGGUUCCCUCCGACAGCCCUGACGACUACGCCACUCUGAUGGAUUUGGCCAAGAAGGCCGAUUACUACGGUAUCAAGAAGGAAUGGGCCGAGCUGGAAAUCUUCCCCCUCAUUGAUACCCCCAAUUAUGGAAAUCUCACUGCCCCUGCUUUGGUCAAGGAGCUGAAGAUCAACUCCCCCAAGGACGCUGUUCCCCUGGCCAAGGCUAAGGAGCUUGCCUACUCCGAGGGCUUCUACAAGGGCACUAUGCUCGUUGGCGACUUCAAGGGCGAGGCUGUCAGCGAAGCCAAGGACAAGGUUCGCCAGGCACUCUACGCUAGCGGCGAUGCUUUCCCCUUCGCAGACCCUAUGGGCAAGGUUGUCAGCCGUAGCGGUGACGACUGUGUCGUUGCCUACUUGGGCCAGUGGUUCCUGAACUACGGUGAAAACGAUGCCGAGUGGCAAUCUGAGACCCUCAACCACGUUGUCAACAACCUCAACACCUACUCUGCUGAGUGCAAGAACGGAUUCGAGAAGAACCUGUCGUGGCUGAACCGUUGGGCUUGUGCCCGAACAUACGGUCUGGGAUCGCAACUUCCCUGGGAUAAGCAAUUCCUUGUCGAGAGUCUUUCCGACAGUACCGUCUACAUGGCCUACUACACAAUUGCCCAUCUCUUGCACGGCGACCGCUACGGCAAGACCACCGGUCCUCUUAACGUGACUGCGGAGCAAAUGACCGAUGAAGUCUGGGACUACAUCUUCACCCGUCGGGAGAUCAGUGAUGAUCUCAUCUCCAAGACCGGUAUCAGCAAGGACGCUCUGCAGAAGAUGCGCCGUGAGUUCGAAUACUGGUACCCCCUGGAUGUCCGUGUUUCCGGCAAGGAUCUUAUUCAAAACCACUUGACCUUCUUCCUCUACAUCCACGUUGCUCUGUUCCCCAAGGAGUACUGGCCCCGUGGUGUCCGUGCCAACGGUCACUUGCUCCUCAACGGCGAGAAGAUGAGUAAGAGUACCGGUAACUUCUUGACCCUGAAGGACUCUAUUGAGAAGUUCGGUGCCGACGCUACCCGAAUUGCAUUUGCCGAUGCUGGUGACAGCAUUGAAGAUGCCAACUUCGAGGAGAGUGUUGCCAACAGCAACAUUCUGCGUCUCUUCACUCUUAAGGAGUGGAUCGAGGAGGUCGCCAAGGAUGAGACUCUUCGUACCGGCCCUGCCGAUGCCUUCGCUGACAAGCUCUUCAACAACGAGCUUAGCAGCCUGGUUCGUGAGACCCAGAAGCACUACCAAGACACCGACUUCAAGCUUGCCCUUAAGUCUGGUCUGUACGACUUCACCAGUGCUCGUGACAGCUACCGUGAAGCCGCCACCUCUGCCGGUGUUGGCAUGCACCGUGACGUCGUCUUGCGCUACAUCGAGCUCCAAGCCCUCGUUCUGUCUCCCAUCAUCCCUCACUGGGCUGAGUACAUCUGGCUCGAGGUCCUCAAGAAGACCGAGUCUAUUCACCACGCUCAGUUCCCUGUCGUGCCCGAGCCUUCUGCCGAGCUGACCGCUGCUCAAAACUACGUCCGCGGCACCGCCAGCAACAUCAUGAGCUCAGAGGCCAACUUCGCCAAGAAGCUCUCCAAGGGCAAGUCUUCCGGCUUUGACCCCCGCAAGCCCAAGAAGCUCACUAUCUUCGUUGCCAAGAAGUUCCCCGCUUGGCAGGAGAAGUACAUCGACCUGGUUCGUGAGGCUUUCGACUCGCUGAGCGUCUCCUUCAAUGACAAGGAGCUCAACUCCAAGGUCGGCAAGCUCGGCGAGAUGAAGAAGGCGAUGCCCUUCGUCCAGACCCUUAAGCGUCGUCUGGUCAAUGGUGGCGAGACCCCCGAGAACGUCUUCGAGCGCAAGCUUCCCUUCGACGAGUUCUCCGUUGUCGCCGAGAUGGUCACUGGCCUCAAGCGCACUGCUGGUUUCAAGGAAAUUGAUGUCAUUGCUGUCGAUGAGGGUGGCAAGACUGGUGAUGUCCUUGGUACUGGCGAGAAGCGUGAGGGUCUGUCCGCUGAGAACGCAGUUCCCGGUCAGCCCUCAUUCCAGUUCACCAACGUCGAGUAG